AUGGCAAAGCGAUAUGAUACGUUGUUACGUCUCCUACUUGUUGGUGAUACGGGAGUGGGAAAGACAUGUUUGAUAUGUCAGUAUGCUAGCAAUGAGUUCCAUGAAAGCCAUCUUACAACAAUAGGAGUUGACUUUAAAAUGAAAGUUAUUGACCUGGAUGGGAGGAAGGUUAAAGUGCAGAUUUGGGAUACUGCAGGUCAAGAAAGAUUUGAAGCCAUUACCAAACAGUCUUUCACAAGAGCUCAGGGAUGUAUCCUGGUUUAUGAUAUUUGUUCCCGAAGCUCGUUUGAAUCUUUAGGAAAAUGGAUUCUCUUUGUCAGACGGUAUGCCAAGGAAGACACAGCUGUAAUCUUGAUUGGAAAUAAAAGUGACCUUGAAGACAAACGUCAGGUGUCAAGAGCUACAGCUCAACAGUUUGCUGAUCAAAAUAAUCUCAGGUAUUAUGAAGCAAGCGCCAAAAAUCUGGAGAGUCUUAAACAGCCUUUUGAGGAUCUGUGCCAUGAUAUAGUGAGGGGAAAAUCAAGAUCACCAUUCAUAAACAAUGAAAAUAUAGACCUUACUGCUUCACAACCAGUGUUGACAAAUACAAAAGACAGUUCAGACAGAAGAAACAGGAACAAGUACUACUAG